CUUCCUCCUUCCCUUCCUCUUCCUCCCACCCCGCCCCUGGGGGGCGGUACCCUGGUCCCUGGGGGAGGUCUGCACCCCCGGAGAGUGGCGGCCCGGAAGGAGGGCUGGGGUUGGGGCGGCUGCGGUGGGUGGCGGACGCCGCGGGCCCCUCCCUCGAGCUCUCUUACUGCCUCCCCCUGCUCCCCGCCCCUCCUCCUCUCCAUCCUCUCCAUCCUCCUCCUGGUACCCGGCAGCCGCGGCUAGGGGAGAAGCCGGCGGCACCGGGGCCGCUCAGCCUUUGUCUCCGGCCGCCGGGCGCACCGGGGCCCAGCGCAGGGCUGUAGUGUCUUACUAGGGAGCUGUGCAAACACAUUGCUGCUGGAGAGACAGGACAAGAACGUGAGUGAUGAAUCACAAGACCCAGCUAGCCACUCCAAAGAAAGAUUUCUCCCCCAUGAUUAAAGGGCCCUAGAGAUCCUUCAACAUCACAUGAAAAGAUGCAGCCAGUAGACAGAAAAUGAAAGCCACCCAAGCGCUGGAGGGUGCCCUUGCAGCCACUUCUGUCCAGGUUCCGAGUUUCUCUUCACGAUGGUCUGUAACAGCACAUCCAUCGGGACUUACGAACAUCUGCGGCAGAAUGUGAGCAAUGCUUUGGACCCCGGGGCCACCCCACUGUCUGCACCACUCAGGAUCUUGCUGGCAAUAACGAUGCUGCUGAUGAUCGUGGUAGGAUUCCUUGGGAACACGGUGGUCUGCAUCAUCGUGUAUCAGAGGCCAGCCAUGCGUUCAGCCAUCAACCUGCUGCUGGCCACCUUGGCCUUCUCUGACAUCAUGCUGUCCUUAUGCUGCAUGCCUUUCACCGCCAUCACCCUCAUCACUGUCCGCUGGCACUUCGGGGACCACUUUUGUCGGCUCUCAGCUACACUCUAUUGGUUUUUUGUCCUAGAGGGCGUGGCCAUCCUGCUCAUCAUUAGCGUGGACCGCUUUCUCAUCAUCGUGCAGCGUCAGGACAAGCUGAACCCACGCAGGGCCAAGGUGAUCAUCGCAGCCUCCUGGGUGCUGUCUUUCUGCAUCUCUGCGCCCUCCUUCACUGGCUGGACGUUCAUGGAGGUGCCGGCUCGGGCCCCACAGUGCGUUCUGGGCUACACUGAGUUCCCAGCCGAACGCGCCUACGUGGUGAUGCUGGUGGUGGCGGUGUUCUUCGCGCCCUUCGGCGUCAUGCUGUGCUCCUAUCUGUGUAUCCUCAACACGGUGCGGAAGAACGCCGUCCGCGUGCACAACCAGUCAGACAGCCUGGACCUCAGACAGCUGACCAGGGCUGGCCUGAGACGGCUCCGGCGGCAGCAGCAGCAGGUCAGCCUGGACCUGAGCUUCAAAACCAAGGCCUUCACCACCAUCCUCAUCCUCUUCGUGGGCUUUUCGCUGUGCUGGCUGCCCCACUCAGUCUACAGCCUGCUGUCUGCGUUCAGUCGGCGGUUCUAUUACAGCGCCUCCUUCUACACCACCAGCACGUGCGUCCUGUGGCUCAGUUACCUCAAGUCUGUCUUCAACCCCAUCGUCUAUUGCUGGAGGAUCAAGAAAUUCCGCGAGGCCUGCAUAGAGUUGCUUCCCCAAACUUUCCAAAUCCUCCCUAAAGUGCCUGAGCGGAUCCAGAGGAAAAUCCAGCCGAGCACCGUCUACGUGUGCAAUGAAAACCAAUCCGCCGUCUAGGGAGAGGGUCAGAGCAGGCCAACAGACCACUCCAAAGGGUCCCUGCUCAGACCCUGCUCCCUGGCUUUUAGUUGUCUGCGUCUUGUAGUGACGACAUAAGCACAAAGGUACUCAUUUGUUUCCAGGUGAUCUGUGGCUUUCAACUUUCCGAUUUCUGUAAGACGAAUAAUGAUUUUUUUUUUCUCUCUCAGAAAAAAAACAUAUAUAGUUCUAAUGGGAGUUGGGGCUUGGAGGAGCUGGCCGGAAAAUGAGAGAGGAUGAGGGGAAGCAGAAAGUGAAGCUGGCUGAGGGCAGGGCAAGAGGAGGGUCUGUCAAAAAGAGCACAUCACAGUCCAUCCCAGCCCCCAUGCCACAUACUCAAGAGAGGCCCCUGGUGGCAGAUUGUUGGGUGCCCUUGUUGGGUCUGAUGCCAACGUAUCUGCAGGGCCUGGGUAUGGCACAGAGGUCUCCAUAAUGUUCAACUGUGUGUUUCCGAUCAUGAAAAGUUAUCCUUUCUGGAAAGGAGUGGAGCUCACAUUGGGAUGUUCUUGAGAUCCACAGUAUGACAGGAGGUGUGUGUGUGUGUGUGUGUGUGUGUGUGUGUGUGUGUGUGUGUGUGUAGGGGGCGGGGGUUGAUAGUGGCCCAAAGCUCAAAAUGUAUUUUGUGACAACUUAACUGAAAUGAGAAGUCCACCUGGUUCCUUGGGCGUGUGCCCACCCCUCACACAUCUGGCUAUCCUGACAGUCUCUAUCCCUCUGUCCCUGUCCAUUCGUUGGCCACCUUGUUUUUAUCCUUUCCAGUGUGCUAAGAACAUAGUGUUACUCGUCCACUGGGCAAGUAUUUGUAGUGACUUGCUCUCAGAAGCAGGAGCAACCAGUGACUUAGCUUUGUUUACACAUCUCCUCUGGACAACCCAGAGCCUUGUGAGGCACCAAAUCCACAUCAGCACCAGAACUGCUGACAGGAACAGAACAGACACCCCCCUCCCCAAAGCUGGGCUUAUACCCAUCCAUCUCUGUUCCUCCUACCUCACUCAUGCCCACUGCUGCUGUCAAACCCUCUUGCCCAGGACCCGAUUCUGGGAGUGAAGCUCCUUCGAGGAGACAUGUUGCUUAUAGCCUAGGCUUGGCCAUUAUGCUCAUGGCCGCCCAUAUUGAGGUGUAGGAAGGUGAGUUCUGAACGUUCAGGACACAGCAGUAGGUCCAUUGAGCUCUCUUUACAAAGUCAGACCUGAAGAGAGGGAGACAUUAAGAAAAUAGGAUUCCAGGUCUGACUCUAUCAGGGACCAGUCCGUAAAUCUUGUUCAUUUUAUCAUCUGUCAGCCUCAGUUUACCCAUUUGUCAAAGGAGGAAACAAAUCUACAUGACUUCAGCCUCCUUGAGUCUACACUUGAUUGUAGCCAAAAAGCUGAGAAGAGAUAAGUCCCCUUGAUUCUAAACUGGCAGUUUUCUGCCUGAAAUCACCAGAUCCCUUGCAUUUAUUGAUUCAUCCAUGUGAUGGGCAUCUAUCAAGGAAGUGCCUAUUGGAUGAAAUGUGCUGAGCAAGUGACAGUGACAAGAAAGAAAAAAAGACUGGAAAGCACCUCAAACCAGUUGUCUGGUCUCUCUGAGGAGUGUGAGAACUCAGCCCAAGAGCACAGACAUUCCAGUUGGCUUCGUUUUCUAUUCCUUUCCAAGUUGUACUCAGAGGCCAGCUCCCUACUCUCCUACCCUCUUCCUGUGGUAGUGGUGAUGGAGGCAGCAGCGAAGGAAGGUCGAGUGUGCAAAAGACUCUAACUUACAUUAACCUCAGCCCACGGGAGGGUCUGUCAAGACAGUGAGUGACCAGUUUUCAUCAACCAAGAGGGAAAGAGAGAGAAAAGAUGGGGCUGGUAUGUAGUUUAUCAAGGCUGGUGCCACCAAACCUAUGCCUCUCCCAGGGCCCCAGCAAGGCUAGGGUUGGCCUCAGCUUCCAUGGGUCAAGUUCACAGGGCCCAAUGGUGCCCAAGAGAAUUGCCAGACUACUGUAAGGGGCAAGCCUGUGGGCGCUUCCCCUCCAGUGGUAUUUCAGAGAAUUUUUAUUCAGGAACCUUGGGCAAAGAGAAAUCACAAAACUGAAUGAAGGUACCAAAAUUUACAUCAAUGUGUGUUAUAUGAUAUAUGUUGGAUAGUAAUAUAUAUGUUUCAAAGUAAUAAUUUUGUAUAUAUUUUAAAUAAAGUAUUAUGGCUCUUUCAGUGUAUAAAAUCAUGUUUUUGCCAAAACGCUUUUUUUAAAUCAAAGCUACUAUUAUAAGCCUGGAAUCCUGUGCCCAAUACCUAUUUAUCAGGCUGUUCAGGAUAUACCUUUGCGAACACAAACUAUGCAAAUACAGCUGUUAUGGUGCCAGAAGCUGGGAUGUCUAAGAUCAAGGAACCAGCAGAUUUAGUGUCUGGAAAGGACUAAUCUCUUGACUCACAGAAGGUGCCUUGUUGCUAUAUUGUCACAUGGUAGAAGCAGAAGGGGAGGGUCCUCAUGUGGGGUGUGUGUGUG